AGCGCGACAAAGAGCGGCAGGAAAGCCUUGCGCCCCAGAGAAAAGAAGGCCGAUUUUGAGUUCCCCUGCAAAUCGCUUCUGACAGACAGCAAAGAAUCGGGGGACGGAACGACAGGACCUCGUCCUUUCAAUUUGUCGCUGGCAAACAGGGGAAAAUUGACUAUAGAAGAAGCUGCCGCCACUGCCUUUUUGGAAACGUCGCAUUUCCCGAUGUCUCGUCGCCAUUCCACGCGCUGAAUUCGUACCGGCAUGUAGAACUUCUGUUACGGCUCUGUAUUCCGUCUUCUGUGUAACGCCGUUUUUUCUUUUCGUCCUCCAGCUUCCGUUUUUCGUAGUCGACCUUUUCCUAGGGGCACUGAAUUUCGCGUUGCUCUACCUGGUUCCGAGUGGCGAGUUUUUCCCGCCUGCAGGCAGCCCUUCCAGCCAAAAACCACCGUCUCUCGUUCGCCUGUAGUUCAAGUUUUUUUCUCCUGGACGUAACGUGUGGCGUUCCGCUAAAUGAGCACUUGGACGGUGGCCGUUUCUCACGUGCUUUGUAAGCAUGGGGAAAACCCACUGAGUACCGGCGAGUACUUGUGACCGUCCGCAGCCGCUGGACGGGACUUUGGGAUGGAGAAGAAUCCUUGACAGCUCGACAGAGGCUGUGAAAAACGUGUGCUGUAGAGCCUAGAGCAAGCAGACACAGAGGGGAGACAGCCGCACCACUGGAAAGGCAAGCGUUUUUUCGUUGCCGGCCCUUCUGUCCACGCACUCAGACCCUUCGGUGUGUAUCACAUGCACUUUCGGAGUUUCUUUCCUCCGUAGGUCCUGUUGUGCCGUUGUAUGUGCUCUCAAACUCGGAUUUUACGCGACGUUCGAGCGAGGCGCAAUUGACUGUUGCUCUGUUCUGAAGCUCCCGUUUCAUUCGGAUGGUCCCGCAAAGAUAAUCUAAUGUGUAGCUCCUCCGGUCAUGGAAAGCAAAAGAGCUUUCACGCUAUCUCUAGUGCCUGUCGAGUCGUCAGACUCUUCACAUGCCGUUUGUCUAAAUUUUUUUUUAACUAGAAUUAUCUUUGAAUAUGAUGAUUGGGAUGCCGUGUUUUCUCUGGAAACCUGAAAAAAGUAUCCUGACUCAGCUGCUCUUCCAGGGGUUGACGCCUCCCGUGUUUCUACUUCGCAGCAGUUGUCCAUCCGGGUCGGUUUGCUGGAGUGUGCGAUGCCAAGGAGAGGCUGUGCUCCGCGCGGCCAAACGUACGAUGGGACAACACUCGAACCGCCUGGUCGAUAAACGAUGUUUCUGCAAAGUAAAGGGGAACCGGGACCGUAGUCGCCGCGGCAGCUCAGACGCAAGGCGCUCAGGUGUCUGUACACUCGGGUACGCGCUUUGUUUCGCAGUGUCAGGCUUCCGUGUUUCGCGAGUUGAGUUUUGACCAGCAGUUUCCCGCUCAUUUCCGUCUUGUUUUCUUUGAAUCUGUCUCUGCGAUCCCUCGAGAUAGGUUUCUGUUUUUUUUCAAUUUCUUUUAUUUCCUCCCGGACCCCGGUCUCGAUGCGGCUCCGUCUCCACGUAGUGAAAAUAGAUGGCUCACGAGUCUGCGAACGUGUAGCAUUAUCCUUCGAUACCGGCAGACAACGAGCAGCCCGCCGGCCACUCCUCCGGGGCAGGCUUGGACUUCGAGCAGAGGAAAAGGGCAGACAUCAAGUUCCCUGAUCGGGAUGCUGAGGAUGUCGCCAGUGGAGAAAAAGAGGCUGCCAGCUCAGACUGCGAAGUAGGCGGCAGAAUCAAUUGCCCACAUCUCGCACACUCGAGCGGUUCUUUCCUUUCUCCGUCUCUGGCCUCUUCCUCUCUAUCGUCGUGUCUCUCUUCGUCUAGUGGUUGUGCUGCAUCCUCGUUUUCACACUCUUCUUCACCCUCGUCUUUGGAGCCUUCCUCUCCCCCGUUUUUGUCGGGGGAUUCUUCCUCGUCUUUCUCUGCUGCAGCUGCUUCUGGGCGCGGGUCUCACUCUCCUGCGUCUCCAGAGGGAGUCUUCCACCUCAGUGACCAUGCAUGCGUAGCGGGAAGGCCGAUGGAGGCAACGAAGCACAGGGAGGCAUCACGAGAGGAGGCAGCGGGAACCUCGUUUCCACCUUCCUCGGGUGCAGGCUCUUCGGUCGCGAUGUCUCUUUCCUCGCCACGCUCGUCUUCCUCUCCCCUUCCUGUGCCUGCUUCUUUCUCGCAUGCACAGGCAGCAGCUCACACCGUUGGAGAGAGGCGAAAGUCACUCGCCACCGACGAAGGAUCGGUGUCGCCCCGAGAGAACGGCGUUUCGAAGGCCUCUGCCUCCUCUGGAUUCGAGGUAGUCUCUCUCGCCGACUGUGGUGGGGAGGCAGAUGAAGAAGACAAGAGUGGUGAGGACAGGCAGGAGCAAAACGUGGAACAAGGCAACUUCGCGUCGCGCACAUCAUCGAGUGAAGACUUGCCUGCCUCUUUUUCCGAGGGAGGCGACAAAGGAGAUCCUUCAUGCGCAGCUGACAAUCUUGAAGAGACGGGGCCGGGGAAGGAUACCGCCUCAGCGACUGUGUCCUCCGAAGCGAAUCGUCCGGAGCUUUCUUUCAACGCCUUGCAUGCAAAUCUCGCUGCCGCGAUGCCUGAUGUCGAAAACCUGAUUCGCGGCGCCCCAGAUGUCAGACCUGAACGCGGCGCUGCUUCGUGCAGCUUCUCUGGUGCGUCAGAGGGCAAACGGACGCCACGGGGCGACUGUGCGCUGGACUCAGAGAGACUUGACAAGGCAAACGACGCCUUGGAAGAGAACGCCGCCGCUCAGGGCCGGCGUCUCCUUCACAGAGAGAGCGAAGCAAACGAUGAGUCGCGAGAUGCUCCUCCAGAGAACUCGACGGAGACUGGUCGAGGUGAAGGCGACCGGUCGGCCGGGAGUCCAGGCGGGUGUUCAGUUCAAUUGUCUGCUCCGUUUCAGACAGAGGCGAACGGGGAACGGAGCGCGAGGGAUGGAGCGACCGAGUUAACACGAGAGGGAGGUCUGCCAGAAGCCGAGGAGAAGACAGGAAGGAUGAGUGAAGAUUCGCAGGUUCCGAGCGAAGAUGACUCUGAGAAAGAGGAGGAAUCCGAUGAGGAGGAGCUUCGAACGUGCGUCUCGCCCCCGUGGACAGAGCAAGACCGCGAAGGCGUUGUGGCGUGUCUGCGUCCCUCGUCACGCGAGACGCAGGCUGACGGCUUGCUCCGCCUCUCCCUCCUAAACCGUUUGUGGGAGUGCGACUCCGUCGCUAACCCACUCAGCUUCUCUGCCUCAGCAGCGGCUGCCCGCGGAGCUCGAGUCUCGUCGGUGGGAGAACGGGGAGAGACAAGCUGUGCCGCGCCCUCGCCAGACCACGCAGAUGGAGCACCAGCCCCAGGGACGAAAACACUUGAACGGCAGACCGACCAGACCGCGGGGGUGUGGGGUGACCGUCAUGAAGCUGAAUCCGGAAAGGCGGGAAGUCUCUCCGAGGUCGACUCCGCGACCUUCGAUGCGCAGGAAGCGAAGGGAGUUGUCCAGGCGCUGCGGGUGCUGGACCGGCGCAUGCAGCGAGAGAAACACAGAGCAUUCGGUCAGGCUCGCAGCGCGUUUCAGGUGUCAGAGACUGCAGGGCGAGGGCGAGAGGGCCCCAAAAAUGCUCGCGCAGAGUCAGGCGAUUCGACCGGCGUGGACCAGAGGGGAGGCGAGGGCACCAGAGCAGAGCAGAGCCGUCCAAAGAGGGAGAAUGUCGAAGAUGUAGAUUUCCGGCAAGAACCACGUUGUGCGAGAGAGACGGGGAACACUGAAGAAGGAGACGCUGAGAGAUGCGAAGACGAGGGAAUGGAGACGAAUUCACGUUCCGAGGCCAGUACUCGGGCAGGGAAUGGAGCUUCUCAGACGGUAACCGAUUACACCCCACAAGUGGACCGUCCCCUCCAAAUCACCGCCUGCGCAGUGACUGAGAAUCUGCAGCGGGGCAUUGUCGGGUCCUCCGAAGGCGUUCUUCUCGUCUUUGACUGCUUGGACUCUUCUCGACACGAGGAGCGACUGCAGGAAGCAAUCUCGCGGGCGUCUCCGCUUCCUCUCUUUCCUUCUCUUCUAGCGUCGAGGGUUCUCGACGGCGGCAACGACGGGGGCGCCGCCUCGAAGUGUCUCCUUUCCGGCGCCUCUGUAUUCCAAGGCCUUGCGCAGCAAACGGCGAGCGCGGGCGUAGCCCGGGGGGGCUCAGUAUCUGCGCCAGAAGCCUCGAGCGCCUCAGAAGACCCACGAUGUAUGUUUCUGCUUCUCGGUCACUCCGCAGAAGUCUCUGCAGUUUCCUCCGACCUCGUAGGAAAGCAUGUGGCGUCCACAGCUUUAGAUGGGCGUCUGCUCGUCCACCAGGUGCCCGCGUCGCCGCCGCAAACGCAGUCCCCUUCUGAGUUGUCUCCGUCGCCCUCGGUCGCUGGGCGCAGCGCUGGCGAUGGGAAAGGGCGCUUUCUGGACUCCUGUGCAGCGUCCGUGGCCAGCAGUGGAGGAGGCAGCGGAUCUGGAAAAGAGAAGGUUCCUCGCGCGUCUCGAAAUUCAAGCGUCGGAUCUGGGGCUCAUGGCUGGAGGGCGUCAGUGGCUUCUUCCUUCGCUGCAGCCUCCCUCGGCUCCUCUUCCGCCUUCCCUGCAGCCUUCGUGGCGCCCCCACCGCCCCCAGCUCGCGGAGACUCGAUCGCGUCUCUGGGAACUGGGCAAGCUUCCGUCUCGUCCACGGCUUCUCACCGGGCGGCGAGCCAGCCGAGCCGCUUUGUUGUCGCCGAGGAUCCCGUGGAGCGGCCAUGCGUGCAGGGGGGAAGCUCAGAAUCAGCGCGAGUCGAGGACCAGCAGCAGAAGGGCCAGCGGGGUGGGCGAGACCCACGAGACAGAGGGCGUUCCGUGGAAGACGGGGUUCUCUCGCAGACCCAAGAGACACGCAGAGUGGCCGAGGCCGAGAGCCGCGACAGAGAAGAUUUUGUGUCGGCGAAUGGAAGAGUUGAAACCCAGGAAACCUGCUCGGACCUGCCACGAGGUGAGGACGCAGGUGAGGGGCGGAUCGCGAAGCGAACUCGCCAGACUCUGAACUCGGAGAUUUUCCUCGUGUCGCCUCUCUGGUGCGUCGUUUUUCCUCAACCGCUUCUUUCCGUGGCGCUUCAUCCGCUCUAUGGAGACGGCACGGACGCCCACGGUUCAAGCGCCUUCGCCGUGGACAACAGGAGACAAGCGCUCGGCGCCGCUACGGCGGCCCGGGGGCCCUCGAACCCCAAAAAGUUUCAGUCACUCUUUCACCGAUUCGCAUCUCGGGCGUCUUCUGCGCUGCCGACAGAGUCGGGUGCCGCUCCCCCAGCUGCAGCUGCACCCUGUGUCUCGCCUGUUCGGCAAGCGGUGAUUUGGGGGAGCGCGGAUGGUCGCCUCGUGCUCCAUCGGCGUGGAUUCUUCUACUCCUCCAACAGCCUCAUUCACGCGGGCGAGGGCCCCGUGGUGAGUGUUUCGUGGCGCCGGUCGCUGGUUGCGUGGGCGACGUCCCUCGGCGUCAAAGUCUUGGAUGUCGACAUGCAGCAGAAAGUCACCUUUGUCCCCAAAGUUUCUCCACCCGCGUCGGACGGCCACAGCUUGGCGGUCUCCUCGCACUCCCCUCUCGAGAUCCGGGGAGAUGGAGCACCCCGUCGGGGCCAAGGGCGACCGGCCGGCGCCCGCGCGGCGGAGCCCUGUCACCUCGUUUGGGCCGCCGACGAUGUCCUCUGUAUCGCCUGGCCGACUCUGGUGCGCGUCGUUUGCAUUCGUUCACAGGAGGUGCUGGACCCCCAGUUUCCAGAGGCGGAGGCGAACAGGACUUUUGGGCUUUCUGAGGCCGCUGGACUGGGCCAGAAGACUCGGCGAUCCGACGCCGGGGUUUGGGGACAAGAGAGCGCGAAGAACGCAACUGGACGCAGCUCUUCUCGGGUGGACCGAGCGGGACCGCCCAGUGGGUCCUCGGGCCUCGAGGUCAGUGGAGCCCAACUAGCGGUCGGACAGAGUCCAGUUCAAGGCGCUACAGGGACCUCGGGCAAUCUCGUUCUGCAGUUCGCGGAGGUAAUUUUCUCGCUCACGUUUUGCGACGAGUCGCCCUUGGUGGGUUUGAUUGUGGCCCCUGUCGGCAGCGCACGAGUAUUUGAUGAAUUCGAAGAGACACCUGGCGAGGAAGUGGGGAGGCUGUCUCCCUGCAGCUGGGCUACCGCCCUGAAGGACGAAGGGACAAGAGCCAGUGAGCCUUCUGCACACACCUCUGGUUUUCUCGAGAGCGACGGACCUUCCUGCCAACAGGGCCAGCAAGCUGCCGCCGAGAUCAGACGCAACAGUCGAGUUUUGCUCGCCGCUGUGACCCUUCCGGAAGGAGAAAAGAGAAACUCGGAGACUCGGCGACGGCUUCAGAUCCGUUUUGUGAACACAGACGGCGACGUUGUUCGAGUGGAGCCCCUUUAUCUUUUCGGAGAUGAGGAGGGAGGCCAGUCGCUGCAGCGCAACGUGGGGCCCGCGGGAGCCUUGGACCCGGACUCUCUCGAGACGGAAGCUGCAGAGUCGCUCCGGUUUCGAGUAGAAACUGAGGGCAAACGGACGCAAGUGAAGGGUGAUGCAGAUGAAAGAAAAACGCGACGGGGACACAGGGCGAUCGAAACGGACGACACACUGGCUGCGGCAACAGGAGGACUUGAGCAACUGCGACACACACGCCUCGCCAACGCCCCUUGGCUCGAAGGGGCCUUGCUCGCUAGGGAUGCCUUCCUCUGGAUGCUUCGGCCUCGCAACGACAUCGACCGAACACUGGCUCUGCUGUCUCCAAGCCGGCGCCGUUCACCCCUGUGGCUAUCUGAGGUCCUUCGCGUUUCAGGGCGAGUGUCUGCGAGCUUCCAGGCAGCUGUCUGUAGCCGCGUAGUCGUCGAGUUGCUCGCGUCUGGCAGGCGGCUUCUCGCUGCUUCUCUGAUUCCCCUUAUCAUCACCAAGGAAGAUCCGACAGAGGCUUGGGUCCGCCUCGUCCUUCUGUUCCACUCUGUCGGGGCCCUACAUCUUCUGAUUCUCUUCGUUCCUUCCCCCGCCUCUUCUUCCUCUAAACAAGAGUCUCCUUCUCCCGCCGUCUACGAGCUCCUCCUGACUCUGCUGGCCUGCUGCCCGCCACAAGCAUCUGCGCCCAAACCCGGGGCGUGUGGGGACAAAGGCGGGACCCACGAGGACGGGGAGACAGUUGCGGAAGACGCGGACGGAUGCGCUGCGGUGCGAGAUCAAUUACGACAAGAAACUCGCCUUUUCUCUCCCAACUGUGCGUCUUUACUGGAUUCGAGGCUUUCAGAACUCGGGCGCUGUCGUGCGUCCUCGCUUUGUGUGGAGGAGGGGAAAGAGAACUCUCUGCUUCCUGAGACGAACAACGUGGAAGCGACAGACAGAACUGGGGACCCUGCGCUUGUUCACAAGACUACAGGGGGAGGUCAGGGUUCUUUAGGUGCCGCCGCAGAAGUGCGUGGGGAGGUGUCUCUUUCUUCGGAGACCCCUGUCUCCUCGACGUCAACAGCGUAUGCAGCCGCGUUCUGUUACGCUGUCCACCACUGGGAGCUGCCAACAGCAACUGCGUUGCGGCUUCUCAACCGUCUGCGUUGUUUCGUCUUCGGUAUGGCUCCGAUCACCGAUAUCGAAUUGCCUUCUUUCACACAAGCGAAGCUCGCCGAGCAAGAGACCGGGGAGGAGUCUUUCUUUGACAUGUGCGGUUCUGAAAGCAAAUCCCUUCUCUCUCUUCUUCUCCCGCACACCCCACAGGUCGCGAGGGCCAACUCGGAGACGCAGCCACGGAACGCAACGCAAAGCCAUUCAGCUUUUGGGCGGACAGUGCAUGUAGAGAAGAACGAGGAGCGCCAGGAUCCGGCGAGUGUUCCUCCGUCUGCUCAGGCGACGGAGACAGAGAAGCUGCAGUCCAAGGAGCGCGCGGAGAUGCGGCUAGCCCUAGGAAGUGGGGACAGAGCAGCCGAAGCAAUUGCAUGCGUUCUGGGGGACGCUGGUUCGGGGCUUGGUGGCGGAAAGAAGGGGACUGUCAGUCCGUCGCACUGUGCGGCGUUCUGUUCGGCCGUUCUCGUUGAUGACGUGCCGUCUUCGAGGGAGGGGGGCAAGAAGAUGUCGUCUCGAGCUCUCUCUUCCAGGACUCGGAACACGACGAGGGUCGCCUUGCUCAUGAGAGCGGCGGCUUCCCUGGCCACGGCGCUGCUUCUUUUCGACGCGACCUUCGACGCGCUUCUGCGGCUCCGGUCGCCCGAUGUCUUCGCUUUCCUGGCUAGCUGUGCAGCUCGUGUCGCGAGCGCGAGGGCAGGUUCGCUCGCCAACAGCCAACGACGCCCGACAGCCUCGACGGCGGGCAGCGGCUCUCUUGACCAGAGCGACAGAUCGAGCCUCACAGGUUUGGACGUCGGCAGCCGUCUCUCCUUCGCGGUCUCCGCGUCUCCGGAAGGAAACGCCGGGGCGACUCUCCGGCCCGGUCGUGUCUCCUGGGAGGAGCGAGGUAGCGAAGGCAGCACCCAGGCCUCCAGCCUUCUUCAGCGCCGGUCCUCUUCAGGGCUCGCGAGGCGCGCAGCCGACAGAACCGGCGACGGCCUCGGCUGUGUGCCGAGGUCGACUCCACACAGUGGAUCCCUGUCGACUUGGCAGUCUGCCGAAGAGACGAUGCGUCUCGAGGAAGAGGCUGCGACGAUGGCUGCAGAGGCAACACUUGAAAAGGUUCCUGAGAGAGCAGCGGAGCUGCUUCGUCUCAGUGCCCCACAGACGCUUCAGCUUCUGACCUUUCGAGUUGGAGGGACUCCCGAGGGCGAAGGCGCGUACGACUCGCCGCUGACUGGCGGCGGCGAAGGACUGGGAGUUCUCCCCUCCUUUGGGGAGGAAACGGCAGAGACAAAACGGGGGAGUGUGGGGAGCACGAGCGCGCGACGUGAUAUCGGUGCAGUGCCCAGUGGAGAGCGAGCCUCGAGCGACGGCGAACGCGUCUGCGGAAGAGCCUUUCGCCAGCGGGAGGCGGGUCCAGGGGACGAAAGACGAGCCAGCUCUGCGUCGUUCCUGUUUCGCAUCCCCGAUGUUGUGAAGGCGCUGAAACAGGCCCAGACGCCUUUCUGGCUGCAUGCGUACCUCAAGGAACUGUUUCAGGUGUGUCCUGAGGCCACCAGGACCUACUACUCGCUCCAGCUUCGGCUCUUCCUAAGGUUCGCGCCCCAUCUGUUGCUGUCUUUCUUGCAAACCGCGGACGGCGGCUACGACUACAACGAAGCGUUGGCGGUGUGUCGCUGUUGGGGCCGUCUCUCGGGAGAGUGUAGAGAGCCGCAGAGAAGCGUUUCGAGGUCUUCUCUGUCGGCUGUUGUCCCCGACUGGAGCUCUGCGACUCCGCGCCAGCCGCCUGCGAUUCUCCACUGCGAGGCAUUUCUUCUGGGGCGCUUGGGCCGGUACGCCGAGGCGAUUCAUCUGCUCCUUGAGGACUUAGCAGACGUCCCAGCGGCGGUCGCUCUCGCCUGGGAAAGCGCGGACAGACGCGUGUGGGAGAUGCUGGUCCAGGCCGUCGUCCAGAGGCCCUGCUACAUCACAGAGCUGCUGGGGGCGCUGGAGGACCACUUGGCCGCCUUUUCGGCUUAUUCUCGGGCACAUGCGGCCGCGGGUGGGGACCCCGAGGCCCUGGACGAAGUCUUGCCGUUCGGGAGCAUGUCGACGCGAGACGAAAGGGGCAAGUCGCCGUCGCUCGACGAGUUUUGGCGGGUCGCCUCACAAUCGCGGCCGAAGGAAGGUGAGGAGGCUCAGAGCUGCUUCUUCGGAGUCGGGGAAAACGAAAGGCCGAAGCAAUCCGAAAGCGCUGGCCUUCCUCCAGAGCACACUCCAGCGAAGGGACAUCUUCCUCUCUCUGUAGAGCCAAUGUCGCCUCUGUCGCGAGGCGAAGAAGGCGUCGGCGAGCCUAUGGAACCCCUCGGAGUACGCGGGCCAAAAGAAGCCUCUCGACGAGGAUUGGGUCCGAGCUCUCGACCAGCGUGUGUGUCUCCACUGUCGCCCUCAACAUGCCGAGAAACUUUGGAAGCGACUGCCGCAGAGGCUGCGAGAGCCGCUGCAGCGAUUGCGCCUCUGGAACUUCUGAAGCGACUGCCGUCGCAUGCACUCCGUUUGGUGCCGCGGCUGGAGAGGCGCUUGGCCCUGCUGUUUGAGCAGCGGCAACUCUGCGAUGAGUUCUGGGAAGCGGCGGAACAGUGUCAAGAAGGCGACUUGCGGAGCUUGACUGCCGAGUUGUUUGUGCGGAGACGCCGUGGUGUUGCCGUGCGUCCCCGCCCAGCCUGUGGGCUCUCGGCGGGCCAGACGGACCCCGUCAGUGCGCAUCGGGUGACGGUCGAAAAGCGACGAGACAGCGAGAGACAGAAGACGCAACAGCUCAUUGAGGCCAUUCGUAAGAGACUAAAAGAAGUCCGAGGCGAGCUGGAUGCUGGUGAAUCUACGGGGCAGGCUUCGGAGCCUCAGAGAGACGCCGGAGGCGACGGGGAUGAAGUGGGCGGUGGCAGCAGGGCGCAGGCCCUCAGAAUGGAUGGAGACAGACGCUCGGGCCGCGGCGCGCAGACGCUCAUCAACGGCUACCGAGCGCCGCAAGGCCUUCGUUCCUCAACUUGCGCGAGAGAGUCAAACGCCUCCACAAGGAGCCUGAACGCGGAAGACGACAGCGCGGGACCGGUGGACUCUGCAGCGGGCGCGACGCCGACUGGGAGAGACAGAGAGAGCAACCACGGCCAGGGAGCGGGAGACAGUGGAAGACUGGAGACAGAUGGGGAAGGGCACGGAAAAGCGGACGAGAAACGCAAGCGACACCAGAGUCUCCUUCGCUCUUUUCUUCUCCCUGGGGGCUCCAGCGGGCGAAGCCGCAAACAAAGCAGCGCAAGUCGGUGGCUGUGGGGCAGCGGCUCGCCUCAGGCUGGGGAGCGGGGCCGGGUAGUGGCGGAAGACGCUCUGGCGCCGUUGGGCGAGGGGCGAGAAAGCGGAGACACCUCGCAGGACGAGACGGGCUCCGAAGAGACAAAGGAUUGGAGUCGGAGAAUGUCGCGCGGCGGAGAAGUGAAGAAGGGAGCGCCCAGUGGGCUCGGAGCCGCGAUGAUCGCCAGGCCUGACGAGACGAGCCCCGCGACGCGAAGAGACAGAGAGGACAGCGAAACCACUGACGAAACGAAGAAGAUACAGUGGCGCCGGGGAGGAGAAAAACCGCAGGGGGAGAGGGCCUUCUCUCAGGAGACGCGUAGAGCGCAGGGUCUCCUUCAGGAUUUCAGAGAGACAGAUGAGACGGGGAGACAGACGACAGAGCCUUUUCUAUUUCUCCCGCCUGCGACGCGCUGCGUCAUCUGCAUGCGAUUCGUCGAUUCCCCGCCAGGCUGCCGGGUCGAGUGGCGAUGUUCACCUCGCGCGCCCCAGGGGGCUGCUCUGCCCUUGCCGGCUGUCUCCGAUGUGUCUCCAGGAGUCUCUUCUUCGCCUUCACGAGAUCCUUUGUCUCUCGCCCCUCCUCCAGGCUCUGCCUGGGAUGCUUCGUGGUCGGGUGGGCCUUUGUCGGGACGCGCUCGGAGACACCGAAAACAGGCGGUCUCGGCUGUCGCCUUCUUCUGUGGACACACGGCCCACCUUGCAUGCAGUCUGGCGGCCAAAGAAGGCGAUCCUCAGUUUCCUAGCAGCUCGAGUGCGAGGCCGCUCGUCGCUCUCGGGGUUCGCGAGCUGACCUCCGCUCCCCGCUGUGUCUCCGCCCGCUGGCCUGGCGCCGGCGUGUCUCCUCGCCGCGCGCGGUCGCUGGGACGCACCCUCCGCGUCGGUGCGGCCGAGAGCGGGGAGCUAUCGUGUGCCGAGACUUCCAAGGCGAUAGCGGGGAGAACGCAUGCAGACGCCGGAGCCGCUGGCGAGGAAGUGAAUGAAUGUGAGAAGGGCAGAGAGAGCCUCGCUUGCCCGGUCUGUCAGCUCACGCCCCUGACCUCGUGGACUGCUGCUUGGAGCUGUUACGGCGAGAGAAAAACAGACAUGUUCAGGGAAGACACCCGAGACCGUCACUCCAUCGAACGCGCCGGAGGCUGCUUUCUGGAGGAAGACUCUCAACUCUUCUCUCCGGUGUUGGGAGAGCGAGAUAACGGUGAAUCCUUCGUAGAUUCUCUCGGUCGCCUUCCACACACAGCGUCUCUGAGGAAUGCCGCCAACGCACUUUGGUGACUAAGUUGAGGCUGGGUGGGGUGGGCGGCUCUUAAGCUGCAGAGAGAAAAGAACUUGCGGAGGACGAAGGAGAAGGAAAGAGAAAGAGGGGAACUGGGCAGCUGAACGAGCGGAAGAGAGAAUGCUGAGAUGAGAGACGAAUGGGGAAGCGUAGAGAGGAAAUGUGUAGAAGCGGCGAAUCCGGGGCGAGGAAGAGCGUCCGCAACACAAGGACAAAGUCGAACUCGGAUGAUUUGCAGAAAAACGAAAAUGUACCAAGACUGGGAAGGCACACUGAAAUCUGAAAAUGCGACGAUGUGGACAGGAAAGUGGACAAGGGAAACAAAGCUUCAGGAAAACAAAGCCACUUGAGAUCGGAAGAGAGGCCAACAGAAGAGACUGCUGAGGGUGACUCACAGCAGUGAGAGAGAAGAUCCACAGAGGAAUUCGGCCAGUACAGACUGGAAAGGAAGAAUGAGAGCUGGCAGUCUUUUUCUUGUUGCUGUGUGUAUCUCUUUUUCGUAUCUGCCUGGUUCCCCUCGUUUUCGUUUUCUCGUCGCCGUCAGCUGCGCCAAUGGGUAAUGCAGACUUGUGAAGCUGAGCCAGACGCUUCGUUGUGUAUGGACGUGUAGAAAAAUACCUUGAUCGUGAAAAUGCUUUUUGCACCAGUUUCUCUUUAGACAGUAGAAAAACUGGCAGAUGCGACGAAACCCCCCGCGG